UAAUAUAUAAGGAACAUAAUAAUUAUAUUAAAAUAAGAUAUAUUGAAUUUAGGUAAUACCGACAUGCGUAUAUUUGAUGUCGCGCAUUGCUGUACAUAUGGAAAUCGAAGGAACAUCUCAAUGCCCCACACAAGUAAUGUUAGCUGCUGCUUUAGGAUGUGAAGAGUUAGGUAUUGCGAACAAGUUACUAGCGCAAAGUAUUUUUGGAUUAUGGAUGACGAGUGGACUGUUAGAUAUACAGUUGAAAUCACAUCACCGGCCUUACGCGGUUAGAGUAGCAUGGCAAUCUCUACUAGACAAAUUUAGCAGCGGCAAUUCAAUUGAAAAAAAAUUUGAUGAUCCCAUGAUAAUGCUUAAACGAAAUGUUUUUUUCUCAAAACGUGACGAAGAGAAAAUUAAAGACCAGCGCAUUUUAGAGUUAUUAUAUGAAGAAGCCAAGUAUAAUGUUUUAUCUGGCCGAUAUGUAAUGGAAUCGUCCCAUGCUUUUAUGCUAGGUGGUAUACAGGCAAGAAUUGAAUUGGGCCCAUAUAAUUCUCAUACACACACCAUUGGUUUCCUUAGAGAAAAUCAAUUAAGAUUCCUACCGCAACAUGUUGCAAGGAGUAUGAGUUGGGCUUGGUUACCAGUCAGUCGGAAGAAUUCGGCUGAAGUUAAGCUUUUAGAACAACUCAAACGUGUUCCUUCAACUGCGACAACAAAAAAACUUAUGCGCAAGUAUUUGGAAUUUUGCUGGGCACUUCCUUUUUAUGGAGCUGUUUUUUUCCACGGACAAAUGGAACAACCGGUUCGCGGUCUAAUGAGUUUGGUUAGUCACAAAGAUGUAAGAGUUCUUAUAGCAGUCAAUGAACGUGGAAUAUUUAUUAUAGAUCCUUUAGAGUGUAUAUUGUUGGUCUGGGAUUGUGGAAAGUGAGUGCCUGGGAAAAUUAGCAUAACAUAUAGGAUGUGGGGAGUUUUGGAGAGUGGAAUUAGGAAUGUGAAAUUAAAGUGCGGAAGCUAUGUUAUACAGACUUUACUAAUUGGACUAAGGUAUGAGGAUUUUUCAUGGGACUUUGCCAAACCUAGUGUGAAUAAUGAUCCUGACUGCCAAACUUGUAUAUUUAUUCAA